CCGAAGGUGUUAAAACGUGUUGUGCGGAAGAUGUAAGCAGACAUCUUAAGUAGGAUUGCAAGUAUUUUUUAAUCAGGACGAAAUAUUUACUCAGUUUAUUUGAAAGACAAAAAAAGCAAGUUUUCUCAGAUGUGCUAAGAGUAGAUCUCAUCAUGCUCGGGACAAACAAAAUGUCCCUGUGGGUCAUGACGGGCCUCUUGGCUGUCACCACCGUGUUCUUUAACCUCUACAUCUUCUUGAUGAGCUUGCACAACUACAAGCAGAAGAGGCAGUGGAGCCCCAGCGAGACCAUCAUCGUGGCCCUGUCGCUGGCAAACAUCACUCACCAGCUCAUCUGCUACUUCUGGAUGAGCAUGGACGAGGUGGACAUCAAGUGUCACAUUGCCCAGAUGCCCUACACCAUCAUGCUGGUGCUCAUCUUCAGCUUUAAGUUCACAAUCAUGUGGGACAGCAGCCUCCUGACGUUCUACUACAGCACCAAGCUGGUGAGCACACCCAACCGGUGCUACAUCAGCAUCCAAGCCACCAUCAUCAAGCAUGUGACACCUGCCGUGUUUGUCAUCCUUCUGUGUGGCCUGGGCACCUGCAUGCCCAUGCUGGUGGUGUUCCAUCCCGCUAAUGACACCUCAGUAGACAAGGACUGCGGUGUGUUGAUGCCCGACACAAAGCCUGGACAUAUUUACGAGGCUCUCUAUCUGAUCCUCGCUGAUGUGCUGCCAGGGAUGUUUAUGAUUAAAUGCUGUAUCUCCAUCUCCGUGCAACUGGCUGUCCAUCUUCGCCACAUGAAGGCCAGCACCAAUGGAGCACACGCCCCAAAGCUGGGCACCCAGAUGAGAGUGAUCCAGAUGGCUCUGUCCCUGGUGGCUGUCUUCCUCAUCUUUCUCGUGGUCGACCUGUACGUUAACUAUCAGAUAGCGGUCUAUCACGAAAACGCCAUCACGCUCACGUUCUUCUUCACAUCCGUGUAUACCACCAUCAGCGCCAUGGUGCUGAUCUAUGGGAAAAAAAGUCUCUGGAAGAUUCUGCUCCAUGAAUGCAACAUCUGUAUGGAUGCUUAUCCGUGUCUGACAUGUCUGAAGGUGCCAGAGGAGAAAGUCAAUAGCCGCAGCGGUCCCCCUGCAAGGAUCAAGAACUGAAUGGUGUCGCUACUACCAUCCAUAAGUGCUUAUGUGUUCAUUAUUCUUUAGUUUGUUAAUCAACUGCUGUAAGGACAGCAAAAACACC